AUGUCUAACUUGCAGAAGAUUAACGACAUCGAGGCGGAGAUCGCCCGCACGCAGAAGAACAAGGCGACUAUGGCACACUUGUGUCAACUCAAGGCCCGUCUCGCGCAGCUGAAGCGCGAGCUCAUCGCCUCGGAGUCAAAGAAGGGCGGCGGCAAGGGCGAGGGGUUCGACGUGCAGAAGACGGGUGACGCCCGCAUCGGUUUCAUUGGGUUUCCCUCUGUGGGGAAGUCGACGCUGUUGACGAAACUCACGUCGACGCACUCGGAGGUGGCGGCAUACGAGUUCACAACGCUCACGUGUGUGCCUGGCGUUGUGCAGUACCGAGGGGCGAAGCUGCAGAUGUUGGACCUGCCCGGAAUCAUCGAGGGCGCGAAGGAUGGAAAGGGUAGGGGUCGGCAGGUCAUCGCGGUGGCGCGCACCUGCUCCCUCAUCCUCAUCGUGCUGGACAUCGCCAAGCCGCUGCAGCACAAACUCAUCAUCGAGCGCGAGCUCGAUGGAUUCGGCAUCCGCCUCAACAAGCAGCCGCCGAACAUCGACAUACGAAAGAAGGACCGCGGCGGUAUUAGCAUCGCAUCCACCUGCCCCCUGACGAACAUGGACCACGACACGAUUAAAACAAUUCUGACCGAGUACCGCAUGAGCAACGCGGAUGUGAUGCUGCGGGGUGAUUACACCCCAGAUGAUUUGAUCGAUGUCAUUGAAGGAAACCGCAUCUACAUUCCCUGCAUCUACGUGCUGAAUAAGAUUGACCAAAUCAGCAUUGAGGAGCUUGAUAUAGUCUCCCGUAUUCCGCACAACUGCCCCAUCAGCGCACACCACGGGUGGAACCUUGACGGGCUGCUGGAGUGCGUGUGGGACCAUCUGCACUUCAUUCGCGUUUACACGAAGCCGCGUGGGCAGGUGCCGGACUACGAUGAGCCGGUCAUCUUGAAGAAGUUGCCGUCACCAACGGUAGAGCGGUUCUGUCUGCGUCUUCACCGGCAGAUGAUGAAAAGCUUCAAAUACGCGUGGGUGUGGGGGUCGAGCGUGAAGCACCAGCCGCAGCGUGUUGGGAAGGACCACCCGCUCGAGGAUGAGGACGUCGUUCAGGUUGUUAAGAAGGUUUAA